CAGCCCCAUCUCAGCGAUAUCCCUCGACACCAUCAGCGUGCAGCAGCAGGCAUCGAUACCAAACAAGCACAUCCCAGUCUGUCCUCCAGGCCCCGCACCAAGCGGAGACCUUAGUACCCCACCACCAUCACCACCAAAUGAUCCUGACGACGAAGACGUUCAGCCGGCCUCAUGGCUCUUUCCGCCCAACGACUUCGCUUGUAUUGAGUCAGGUCCUCUGAAGCUGUAUCAAUUGCAUCCUCAGGAUCUGGCUGCAGCAAUUGAUUUCGCCUCUCGACAACCUUUGCCAGAUACCUCUCGAGUUUUCCCCUGGUUCCACGGCCUCCAUCCACACAACCAUAUUCAGCAAGCUUUCUUCAUCGCUCGCCGUCGAAUGCUAAGAAGAACCCCUACUUGCAUUAGAGGAUUGGUUCUCGUCAAAGCGGACGGCGACCUUUCGGUUUCUCGAUUGAAGGGUUCCAUCGCUCCUCAAGAGUUUCUUGACACACAAUCAACACCUGGGCUCCUCGACAUCGAUCCAAAAGACGGAUUUUGCGUUCGGAACUUUCAGAUACAGGCUGCCAAGAUAGCCGGCGUUUCCGAUGUUGUUGUCUAUGGCGAAGAUGCCGUCAUCGUACGGAAAGUGGCGUGGGAUGUCGCUACGGCCCAGCGCCGCUGGCGUGACAAGCACGAGGCCCAAGGCCAACCUUUGCCUGUGUAUAACACAUUCAUCUGUGUAGGCCCCUUUGAAACCUUUGAGGCAAACCAUUCCGAGGUUGUUGCCAUCGACUCCACCGGGCAACUGACCGGUAACGUUCUCGACUUCUUUCACCAGGAGAGGAAGGAAAUGUACGCAAUGACUCUGGCUUCCGAAAUUUCCCAUAAUGUUUGGGUAGGCUCUACGCCUGAUCCCGCCACCGAGGAUGAAGCCGAGUACGACGUCCUCAUCGAAUGCAGUGACGUGGGACGCAUUAACCCGGCGGCCCUGGAGAGCAUUGCUCGAGGGAAAGAAAAGGACAACCGGCAGCCAUAUAUUGACUUCCCCUCAUCCGGCAGUAUUCUUCCGCCGACAUGGUCCCAAGUCGAGGCCGACGGCAUCCUGGAAACAUGCAAAUGGAUUUAUCAUUUGGCCCAUGGCACGUUCCCGACCGACGAGCCGUCCCCCGAAAACGAGAAUGGUGAUAUCCAGGCAAGGCCGAGAAAGAUACUGAUCCACUGCGCGGACGGUUAUACAGAGUCCACCAUGUUAAGCAUCGCGUAUCUGAGCUACAGCACGGGACGCGGAGUUGCUGAUUCCUGGCUGCAUCUACACACGGAAAAGAAGCGCAAUUUCUUCGCCUACCCUACUGAUGUAGCUCUGCUGACGUGCAUUGAACCACGACUACUACAUGAAUCACCUGUCCAUGCAGAUAAGGGACUCUCUAGCAUCACGGCUUUGAUCAAAGAUCCUACUUGGAUGCACAGCAUGGACGGCUCGUUUCCCAGCCGCGUACUGGAUUACAUGUACCUCGGCAACCUUGGACAUGCCAACAAUCCCGAGUUACUGAGGUCCCUAGGCAUCGGCCAAAUCCUCAGUGUCGGAGAGAUGUCUAUGUGGAGGGAUGGAGAACUCGAGCAGUGGGGGACCGAUAACGUUUGCCUCGUCCAGGGCGUCCAGGACAAUGGUAUUGAUCCCUUGAUGGAUCAGUUUGAAAGGUGUUUGGACUUUAUUGAACGUGGUCGACGCAAUGGCACGGCGACACUCGUGCAUUGCCGCGUUGGCGUAUCGCGCAGUGCCACUAUUUGCAUUGCCGAGGUGAUGAAGUCACUCAAUUACUCUUUCCCUCGAGCCUACUGCUACGUGCGAGCUCGUAGACUGAACGUCAUUAUCCAACCUCACCUUCGAUUUGCAUACGAGCUUCUGAAAUGGGAAGAGAUCUUACAAGUCAGAAGGGGAGGUCCUGGGGCGUUGAAGAGGGAGCUUGAGUGGGCCGAUAUCACUCGAGAAAUCGCCUCGAUGAACAGGCCGUAUGCAAGGUGAUUUUCCGACCAUACAGGUGCACAAGCAGUAUCAUAUCGCGGACACUGCUCCGAAGAUGAACGAUGUGACGAAUUAUGAGCUCGAGAACGUGGUUUCCCCGGGGGAAGGACCACUACGAAUACUCCAUGGCGUUGACUACUCUGUGCUAUUUUUCGAUGUUCCACGGAUUGGCUGUACUCCGCACGCGCUAUUAGGUCAGUGGGACUGCGCCACUAAUACUGGGUAAAGCACACCUACACAAACAAACUUGUAUGGAGAUCACAGGUAUUCACAGCACGCCGAGGCUUCAGGCGUCUCGUUUUAGGAUGAUGGGAUAUUACACGGAAUUUCUUUCGGGUUUUCAUUUCAUUAUAUGCUAGCAAGGGAAUCCUCCGUUGAUGCCUCCGAGGCCUUUUGGGGAAAGCAU